AUGACGUCAAAAAGUCUGUCCUGGAAGGCAUUACUAAAAAAUUGGGAAUUCAAGGUUGCUGCAUUUAUAGGAAUUUAUUUUCUUAUUUCACAUGUUGUACUUGAAACUACAGAUGUAGUAAACGAAAAGGGGUUAAAAUCUCAUCUUAAAGUUUUACCAGAAGAAGUCAUUGACUACUACGGAAAACAGCCAUUUUCAAACGUGGACAAGUAUGCGUACAUGCAGUAUGCAACCAACUAUGACUAUUUGAAUCUUGCAAUAAUUAAUUUCAUUCACUUGCGUAAAGCAAACACCAAAAUACCCAACUUGGUUAUUAUUUAUGAUGAAGUCCUACAUUACUAUGCUAGUGAUAAAUGGAGUGAGUUGUACCAAGUGGCAAACCAAUACAAAAUCACCUUAAAAGCUGCACCUUUGAUAAAAGCAAGUUAUCAAGAUGAUUCUAAUUGGGCAGCUUCGUUUACCAAAUUCCACAUCUUCAAUCAAGUUGAGUAUGAUAGAAUUGUAUUUUUUGAUUCUGAUUCAAUGCUUGUUGAUAUUCCAAAUGAAAUUGAUUUUGACAAUAUGGAAAGCAGAUUCAAUCACAUUGACGAGUUGUUUAAAAUUCCACAGGAAUUAUCGUUUGCCCUGCCCCAGGCCUAUUGGCUAAAUAAUGUUGUUGAAGGUAAAAGCCCAAGACCUAGAAAGAAUGUUGAAAUACCAAAUAAAAAGCGAUAUUCACUCAGGAUGAAAAAGCUCGUUAAUGAUUUGAGCAUAUAUCAGGAUUUCAAUUUGUUGCCCCUGCUAAUUUAUGAAAAUCAUUAUUUCGAUAAUGCUAAUCAUUUUUUCGCUAAUCAUAUAAUGGUGAUAACUCCAUCAAAGAAUACCUUCCAAGAGUUGAUGAGGUAUAUUCACAAUCCAUGGUGGUGGUCUAUAACGAAUCGGGGUAGCUUAAGAAAGCCAAAUGAUUAUGAUAUGGAGAUAUUAAACAAAUAUUUGAAUAAUGAGCUACAACGCAAGAGAAUAAAUGUGGGGAUCUUACCUCAUCGGGUGUAUGGUGUUUUAACUGGGGAAUUUGGUGAAGAAUGGCACGAGCGGUUUGUAGUAGAACCCCAAUAUUUACCAUUCAUAAAUAAAAAAUCAAAUAAAGGCUGGCUGCCAUUAGAAUUUUUUAAGAAAAUCAAAGUGGUACAUUUUUCAGAUAGCCCUAUACCUAAACCAUGGGAAGAGGAAAAUAAUGAAGAACAUUACAACAUCAAAAAAAUAUAUUGUGAUAAAGGCGAUAUGGAAAAGUUCCACAAAGACUAUCCGGUGUACAAACCUCGAUUAACUGAUGAUUGUGAUAGUGUUCUGAUAUGGAAUUGGUUUAGAGAACAAUUCUACAAAGAAAGACUGGGAUAUUGGUUUGCUUAG